GUUUACCUACAUCACAUGCUGUCCAAGAGCAGCAUGAAGCAAGCCUCUGUGUUAUGGUGCUAUAAAAAGGAACUAGCCUUCUCAAGCCACCGCAAGAAGAGGAUGAAGCAGCUGAAGGCACGCCAGAAAUCAGGCCAGGCUGAGGUCAAUGAGGAUGACCCCUUUGAGAUGUUCAUGUCCAUGACGGAGAUCCGCUAUUGCUACUACAAGGAGACGCACAAGAUCCUUGGUAACACAUUUAGAAUGUGUGUCCUGCAGGACUUUGAAGCCCUCACCCCAAACAUUCUGUGCCGAACCAUGGAGACCAUUGAGGGUGGCGGCGUAAUUACAAUCCUCCUGCAGAGCAUGACAUCGCUAAGGCAGCUGUAUGCUAUGAACAUGGAUGUACACUCUCGCUACCGCACAGAAGCCCAUCAGCAUGUUGUGCCGAGAUUUAACGAACGGUUCAUCUUGUCUCUGCCAUCGUGCCCGAUGUGUAUUGUUGUGGAUGACCUGCUGCGCAUCCUGCCUAUUUCAUCACACCUGAGGGACCUGCAGCCUGUGCCUGCUGUGACAUCCUCGACACCGCUGUCACCCAACGACCAGGAGUUGAAGGACCUCAAGGAGUCCCUCAAGGAGAGUCCUCCUGUGGGGCUCCUCAUUGAGCUUUGCAAGACAUUGGACCAGGCCAAGUCUGUCCUACAGUUUGUGGUAGCCAUCACAGAAAAGACAUUGCGCACAACAGUCACACUCACAGCUGGCAGAGGACGAGGGAAAUCUGCUGCCUUAGGACUAGCCAUGGCUGGUGCCAUUGCUUUCGGUUACUCCAACAUUUUCGUCACUUCUCCGAGCCCUGAGAACUUGAACACGUUGUUUGAGUUUGUGCUAAAAGGCCUCAACGCCAUGGGUUAUGAGGAGCACCUUAGCUAUCAGGUACUGCGCUCUACGGACCCCCAGUUCAAUAAGUGCGUGAUGAGGGUCACAGUCACCAGGGAAAGACGGCAGAUUAUUCAGUACAUUGCUCCAGGUGAGAGCAGUUGCCUGGGCCAAGCUGAGCUAGUUGUCAUAGACGAAGCUGCUGCCAUUCCCUUGCCACUCGUACGCAAGCUCUUGGGGCCGUACUUGGUGUUCCUGUCCUCAACUGUGUCAGGGUAUGAAGGCACGGGAAGGUCUCUUUCUCUAAAGCUAAUUGACCAGCUAAGGUCACAGGCCAAAGCAAGCAGUGCAAAUGCAGAGAAUGGGGACAGUAACACCAAGUCAACGGAAUUAGGAAGAGUUCUGCAUGAGGUGACAUUGGAGGAGAGCAUCAGGUACAAGAGUGGAGACCCGGUGGAGAAGUGGCUCCACGACCUACUCUGCUUGGAGGCUUCACUGCCGCCGAGCCCUGCUGCAGUGCCCCCACCCAGCCAGUGCCAGCUCUUCUAUGUCAACAGAGAUACUCUCUUUGGAUAUCACAAGGUAUCAGAAAAGUUCCUGGCACAAGUGAUGGGUCUUCUGGUGUCCUCACACUACCGCAACACACCCGAUGACCUUCAAACCCUCUCUGACGCCCCUGCCCAUCAUCUGUAUGUCCUGCUGCCCCCACAGGACACGGCCAAGGGCGACACGCUGCCACCCGUCCUGACAGUCGUUCAGGUGGCGUUGGAGGGCAAGGUAUCCAAAGCCUCAGUGAUGUCAGCUCUUGCGCAAGGGGUGAAGCCCUCAGGUGACCUUGUGCCCUGGACCGUCAGCAACCAGUUCCAGAACUAUGAUUUCCCGCAGCUGUCUGGGGCGCGAAUCAUUCGCAUUGCCACACACCCCAGCUUCCAGGGGCAAGGGUAUGGGAGUCAGGCACUGAAGCUGCUAGAGGAAUACUUCAGUCAGGCCUCCAUGCACGCGGACUAUGUGGACACACUCACACCUGAAGCAUCACUGAAGUUAGUGCAGGAUGAUCAGGUUGGUUUGCUGGAAGAGAAGCUGGGACCAAACCACCAGUCUCCUCCUCUCCUGGAAGCCCUCUCUGAGCGGCCACCAGAAGCCUUACACUACCUUAGUGUGUCGUACGGGGCAACCCAGCAACUCCUCACUUUCUGGAAAAGAUCUGGAUUUACUCCAGUUUACCUCAGUCAAGUGUCGAACAAUGUCACGGGGGAACAUACCAUCAUUAUGCUCAAGGUUCUGGCGGAGAGCAAGGAAGCACGAGGGGAGUCAUGGCUGGCUGAUCUGUGGUUCGACUUCAGGAAGAGGCUGGUUGCUCUGUUGGGCUGUGCAUUCAAGAGCUAUGACUGCAAAUUUGCCCUCAGUAUCAUGAGCAACAGCAUUUACAAGAGGAAAGGGGGAGUGCCAAGCUUAUCAGAACUGGAUCUGUACAUGACCAGUGGAGACCUCCAGCGCUUAGAGGAGUUCCUCCACCACCAGUGCGAGUCUCCAUUGAUUGCAGACAUCCUGCCCUCCUUUGCACGGCUCUACUUCCUCUCCAAGAUCCCAGACUUUAAGCUAAAGCCAGUGAAAGCAGCCAUCCUGUGUGGAAUUGGCAUCCAGAGGAAACCUCCGAAAGUAGUUGCAACUGAGCUGGGUGUUGAACCGGGGCUUGUCUUGGGCCAAAUGCGCGAGCUCAUAAAUGACAUCACGAAGUUUAUGAAAAAGACACGAGAAAUUGCCUGUCAGGAAGAGGUCAACGGAAAAGAGAAGGAAAACCACCAGUCUCUUGCGGCUGACAUUGCCUCGACAGUUGAGGAGGCAGCUAAGAAUAUGAAAGCCCAAGAAGAGGACAACCGAGAGAAAGUCACUCAGCUGAUUGAUGUCUCCAAGUUCGGUAUAAAGGGCAAAGAACAGGAAGUGAAGGUGGAGAGUGACAGCAAGAAGAGAAAGAUAUUACUCGGAGAAAACAUCAAAAAGAAGAAGAAAGGUGAAUGAUUUGGAAAUCUGUAAAUUGUUUUAUAAUAAAUAUAUAAAACUGUUAA